UAACUUAGUGUUCAAGGGGAUUUAAAACUGUAAACAAUAGAUUGUUAUCGUAAAUUCAAUCUGGAAUGCCAAAUUCAAAGGGUUUCGCUCUCUGAGUUUACACUCGACGCCGUGGCCGAGGAGAAGGGUUGAUCCGAGUGUUCUGACUUCCACCGCAGUCAUGCACCCAAGCUGACUUGCUGAAAUUGUCUAGCUUGCUAACUACUUCCCGACACAAAUGAGAGAAGACGUCACUCUGACCAUUUUACUCGCCCUAGCAGAGCUGGUUAUGCGGUGUUCUUUUAUUCUGAGCGUUGGUGACUGUAACUCUGCUGCCGGCAACAAUUUAAUUACGCGUUUUUGCCGACGUUGACUGACACGGGUCAUAUUCAACAGGUGUUGAGCGUUCGUAAAUGCAUCAGUUAUUCUGCGCUCUGGCACACUCAGAGGAGAGUGCUCAGAAGUCGAUAGCCAGAUUGAAUUUACGAACACAUCCAUAGUGUGGCCAUAGGCAGACGUUGCAAUUGAAGGAUGCAUUUCACGCUAUUAAAUUGGCUACAUUUGUCGGUACAAACGUUGAUUGAAAAAAAAAAUUUGCACAACACCACUACUUGUAACCUUAACGUUUGUUCAACUGACUCUCGUAUAUGCUGAUUUAAUCGGACUUUAUUCAUAUAAUGAGUAGUCCAGGAAUGACACGAGAAAGUAGCAACUCUCCAGAUCGCAAUGAUACUCUAUGAGCAGUACCGUAUUUCAAAGAACAGCGCGCAUACAUUUUAAAUUUAACCACACCAUUGAGCUAUAACGCCAACCAAUAAGAUCCUUUCUCUUUAGUGUAAACGGAAGUGACUAAAAAGUAUUUCCACGUUAGCAUUUAUUUAGACGUGUAUUAACACUAUGAAACUCAAAAUAUCAGUCCAUUAACUGCAUAGCGUCCCAUACUUACCCAAUGUAGUUUUAAAUUCGCAUUGGUGCUAGGACUUCGUUAAUAUAUAUUAUAUAGGUAACGCUAACUAGGUAGCUGAUCACGUUAGCUAACAAUGGCUAAUGGUAUGAUUUUUCACACUCAAAUUGCCUCCAUUAUGGAGGUGCUAGCGAAUGCAGCAGUGGGAGAGAUCUGUAAACUCGUAGACGACGACUAUGCAGUGUUUCGUUUGGAAAUGUCUCAAAGCCAGAAAGAAAACAGGACAUUGCGGAGAAAACUACAGCAACUGGAACUGAAGGUGGCACGGGAGCGCGCAGAGGGGACAAUGCGAGAGCGCGUCGUCGCCAGUCGCCCCAGUAGUGUCAAGAUCCUCGACCCGUACAGAGGAAUGACAAGAGGUGAAGGACAUCUCACUGAAGGCCACAAGAGCUUUGUGAAGCCAAUGAAGAACAAUUCCUGGAGAGAUGACCAAUCAAUUACUGUUGAUGAGGGGAGUGGAACCUCAACCCAGCACGUUAUCAUGAUAGAGUCUGCAGAAGCUGAAGCUGCAGGUCCUGGGGUCAAGAUGGAGAGGUCUGAAGGAGAUGAAGACCCACAGCACAGCAGAGACAUCCAGACUGGAUCACCCUCUGUAGCCACAGAGGACCCCAUCACCGCCCCAGUGCAGCCCAGGACCCGAAGCAGCAUCACGGAGGUCAGCGGAACGCCGAACGCCGUCCUCAAGUCAAAGACAGACACCGAGACUUUAACACGAAGGCUCUUACAUACAGGAUCUGACCACCGAUCAGACCCAGAGAGACUGGGCUGUCCUCCUGCUCCCAGUUCAGAGUACUUACUGGUAUUUCACCAGAGCCAAAGAAGGGUUCAUUCCCGUGGAGAUGGUGAUGGUGACACGUUAGACACUGGUCGUGAUGAUCCGUCUUGUUCUUACGCUACAGAGAUGGACCCCGGCAACAUGCCCUUGGGUUUAGAGACACAGACUGAUUUGUCUAGAGGGGACUGGAACCAGUACAGUAGUAGUGUAUACUCUGAAGGGUGCCUAGAUAAGAAAGGGGAGGUUAUAAUCGUAGAUGAGGUAACUGUGAAAGUGGAGGGUGACUCUUCUCCCACAUUGAAUGCAGAUCGUCAUCUAGGAGACGGACACUCACAGAGCAGAGAUUUCUUAGAUUACAGGGAAAGCUUGGAGACAAAUUCAAACGUUGUGACCCACUCUCCUAUACAGUUCAGGGAUUCUGACCCAGUGUCCACGUUGAUGGAGCCUUCCGAUUCACACAGCCAUGCCAUUUUCGGUCAGGUAUUGAACUCAAAUGACAGGGCUAGAGCCCAGGUUCAGGGAGGGGGAGCAACAUCAGGCAAUGGUAAAGAGAAACUGUUCCUCUGUAUGUUCUGUAACAAAGGCUUCAGCUGCCCCCAGAAGGUGGAGAUCCACCAGAGGGUCCACACAGGGGUGAAACCCUUCAGCUGUACCCAGUGUCACAUGCGCUUCGCCCAGGCUCGUGACCUGAAGAGGCACCAGAGGGUCCACACAGGUGAGAAACCCUACAGCUGUACCCAGUGUGAGAAGAGGUUCUCCCGCCAGGACCAUCUGAAGAUGCACCUUAAGGUCCACACGGGAGAGAGGCCGUUCUCCUGUACCCACUGUGGGAAGACGUUUUCAGAGAGGAGCUACCUCAGGAUACACCAGCAAAAAAACCAUUCCACUCUAUAACAUAAAAAGUAACCAUUCUACUCGACAGCUUAGAUCAAACCCUGCAUUAAAGACGAAGAUUCAUUUUCAUAUUUGUCAGCAGAAUAGAUCCGUAGAUGCGUUUGGAAUAACAAGAGGAACCGAUAUCGGUGUUGAAUAUUCUUGUGUAGAAUAUUGCAUCCAGACAUUGUGUGAUGUAUAAGCCUACAAAGUCUGAUACAUAUUGUGUUUGUACUGUGUGCCUAUUUAAUUACUUGCAUUCAACUACCAAUUUUUUUUCCCUAGACACAUUUCAUGAGAAAAUGAAUGGAAUUGAUCAAUUUUAUGCAGAUUGUUAGUUGAGAUGUGUAUGUGUGGUUUUCAUAUGGUGUAUUUAAAACGUGUUUUAUGUUCAAUAAACACAAAAUGAGACUUUUCAUCCUAA